AUGGCGACGAGCGACACCAUGCCUCCGCCCCCGCCUCCACACUUUGACCCUAACCUGAAGUAUGGUCCCGCCUUCAUUGGUUGCAUUAUAGCGGGCAUUUUAUAUGGUAUCGCCUGCAACCAGACCUACAGCUACUACAAGGGUCGCUUUCAGGACCCGAAACUCAUGAGGAUCUUCGUAUACACGUUGUUACUGCUCGAAACAACGCACCUCGUCUUAACCAUUCAUGUGUGCUACUUCUACAUGAUCACCAAUUACGACAACUUUCGGAGUACAGACAACCCUACCUGGAGCUUCCUGAUACAGAUGGUCGUCGAGACGAUGACGGACGUGUCUAUUCGCGGAUUUUUUGCUCGUCGCGUGUGGAUUCUGGCUCGACCGCAAAGCCGCCGGCUGGCGUGGGCUCUAGUGCUCUGCAUCGGCGCCAUGUCGCUCUUCGCGUUUUCCUGUAGCGUCGCCCUAACUUCGAGGACAUACAUGUCGUUGGAUUCGAACGCAACUCACGACCCGAAUGUCCGACAUGCAUGGUUCAAUCAGGUAGCGUACCUACUGUACGCAUCAUUCGGAUGCAGCGUCGUCGGGGACAUGUUCAUAGCCGUCUCGAUGUGCGCUCUGCUAUCGCGCAGCCGUACUGGGGCAAUCGAGACGGAUUCAAUCAUCGAUGUUUUAGUUUUGUAUGCUAUGGCUACUGGCCUAUCGACAAGCUUAGGCGAAAUCGUCUGCUUCAUCAGCUACGCGGUACGAAAGCACGACCUGAUCUUUGUAGGGGUAUACUUUACUUUGAGUACCCUUUCGCUCAAUAGCUUCCUCGCGUCCUUAAACGCUCGAAGCGCCUUCAGAAAUCGGGAACGGGCUAGAACGGCUUCGGCGAUGAUGGUGCUCAACACGCUGCCUCCGAGCGCGCAGUCAUCAGCGGACACUCACACCCUAUUUGAUUCCAGCAUGAAGAGCGGCGAAGCCUUCUCCGACGGACCUUUGCACCGGGACGGAACCAGUGAGGAUUAUCAUCCGAGGCGUGUCCAGGGCUGGCUCGGAUGGAAGAGUGUCCAGCGCGUCCAGCCGAAGUCCUACUCUCAGGGUGACCGCGUCGAGUACCGUCCCAUUGGCGCAGGCACGUCCGACAACGUCACGCACAGCACCGGCGAGAUCGUCCGCAUCGAGGGCGAUGGUGAAGAAGCGAAGUACACCAUCCGCAACGACAACACGGGCAAGGAGACGACUUAUCAGUCCAUGAACAUCGUCGGUCCCGCUCAGUAG